AUGAUAUCCUCAGUGCCACCAUGCCCUCCCCCAUCUUUCCAACUCCAACGGUCAGAACGAACUUUCAAAUCUCCCGUCACCUCCAACACCCCUUUCCCGCCAUUCCAUUCCCUCCUUCACAACUGCUCUUCCAUGCAACUUCUCCACCAAAUCCAUGCCUUGAUGCUCAAAACCAACGCCAUUGCUGACCCUUUCCAUCUCUCCAAGCUCCUAUCUUUCUCCUCUUCCCCGGAUUCAGGUGACCUUCAUUAUGCCUUCAAGUUGUUCUCCUUAAUUCCUCAGAGAAACUCAUUCCAUUGGAACACCUUAAUCCAUGGUUUCUCUCUCAGUUCUUCACCAGAACAAAGCCUGCUGCUUUUUGUUCAGCUUCUUGAAGAGGAACCUUCUCUUGUUAAUCCAUUUACUUUCCCUCCUGUUCUUAGAGCUUGCGGAAAUAUGUCGGCAGCUUUUGAAGGAAUUCAGGUUCAUUGUUAUGCUGUUAAGUGUGAGGCAGUGGCAGACUUGUUUGUGCUCAACUCUUUGGUUCAGAUGUACUUCAAGUGUCGGCUUUCUGAUAAUGCGUGCAUCAUAUUCGAUAGAAUGCCUGAGAGGAAUGUAGUUUCAUGGAACUGUGUCAUUGGAGGUUUUGCUGAGAUGGGAAUGUGGGAGAAUGUGAAGUCUUUGUUUUGGGAUAUGGUUGAAGACAUUGUUGUUAAACCGAAUGCACUGACACUGGUGAGGAUGGUCACAGCUUGUACCAAAUCAGGGGACUUCGAAUCGGGGAAACUUGUGCACCGGUAUAUUGAGGAUAAUGGGGUUUCGGUUUGUUUGACUCUGGGGAAUGCUUUGAUGAAUAUGUAUGCUAAAUUUGGGGAGAUGAGUGAAGCUCGUCGAUUGUAUGAUCGCAUGUCUGAUCCAGAUGUUGUGUCGUCAACCACUUUGGUUAGUGGAUAUGGCAGCAUUGGCCUCAUGGAGUUGGCUAGUGAGGUUUUUGAUAGCAUGCCGAUUCGGAACACUGUGGCUUGGAAUGCGAUGAUGUAUGGCUAUGUUCUGAAUGGUUAUUUCGAUGAAGCGAUUUCACUUUUUAAAGAGAUGCUGAUUCUUGGUGCAAAAACCGAUGAGGCUACUAUGAUAACUAUCUUGUCAGCUUGUUCAAAAUCAGGAAAUUUGCUUAUUGGCCGAGUCGUUCAUGGAUACAUCUAUAAGCUUUGUAUAUUCACGACUCAAGAGUUGCUUCACUCACUUAUAAGUGUGUAUUCCAAGUCUGGAGUCAUGGAAGCAGCAGAGCUGUUGUUUCAUAAAAUGGACAUUAAAAAUGAGGUUUCUUGGACUUUGAUGAUGGAAGGGUAUGUUAAAACUGGACAGAAAGAGGUUGCUCUAGAAAUAUUUCACAACAUGCCUCGCAAAGAUUUGGCGUCAUGGAAUGCCUUGAUUACUGUACUUGUCCAAUGCAAUUUCUUCAAUGAUGCUUUGGCGAUUUUUGAAGACAUGCAGAGGAUGAAAGUGAUUCCCAAUUGUAUCACUCUUGUCAGCUCAUUAUCUGCUUGUGCAGGGGCAGGAGCUCUCGAACUCGGAAAGUGGCUUCAUGCUUACAUCAAGAGAAAUGACAUUGAAAUGGGCGCGACAUUAUGCUCUGCACUAAUAGAUAUGUACGCAAAGUGCGGGUGCAUUGAAUUGUCCCUUGAGGUGUUUGAAAGCAUGCAAUGCAAAGAUCUCGUCUGGAGUACCAUCAUCGGGGGGCUUUCCAUGAAUGCUCAUAGCAAGCUUGCUCUUGAGUACUUUGAGCGAAUGGUAGAGUGCGGAGGGGUACCCGAUUCCGUCACAUUCAUCGGAGUUUUGAGUGCUUGUAGUCAUGCAGGUUUGAUAGAAGAAGGCAAGCACUACUUCCUUCUCAUGACCGAAGUUUAUGGCAUACCUCCAACAUCUGAACAUUGUGGUUGUAUGGUGGACUUGUUUGCUCGACAAGGACUCCUAAGUGAGGCGAAAGAUUUCAUCGAUGGCAUUAGUAUUUCAUCAAACGGGACUGCCAUUUGGGGUGCUUUGCUUGGUGCUUGUAGCAUUUACGGGAAUUUGGAGCUAGCUGAGUAUGCAGCAAGACAUCUUCUUGCAAUCAAUCCAGCGAAUUCAGGAGCUUAUGUUCUGCUUUCUAAUGUGUAUGCUAAAGCUUCCCGGUGGAGUGAUGUUAGAAAGGUUAGAAACAUGAUGAAAGAACAAGGGAUUGAAAAGAUACCGGGAUGCAGUUCAAUUGAGGUGAAUGGUGUUGUUCAUGAGUUCUUCGUCAGGGGAUUUCUCGUACUCAUAAAGAAUUUUCUCAGGACUGCGAAGAAGAUCCACUUUGGAAGAACACCACGCAUUCUCUGUUACGUUGAAGCCAGUAUUAAGAAACAAGCAGGUGUGAGUGCCUUGCUCGAGUCAUUGGAUGGAAAAGAGAGAGAUAAUCUGAAGUUGACAUCAUUGGUUCGGGAAAGGUUGAGCUCAGCUUUACAAGGGCAAGUAAGAGGAAACAAGGGGGAGAGGCCUCCCCGUACAGCAGAUCAAGAAAGUGAGAAAUUAGUGAGCCCACCAAGGGAGUCCAAAAAAUCAUCAUGUUCGAGUCCAGCGAGGCAACAGAUGGAAAAUAACAAAUACGAAACAUUGAUGGCUGAAGUGAUAGCUCUUCGUGCGAAGCUUACUAUUCUUGAAGAAAGGAAGAAGUCAACCAAUGAGAAAGAAGAUGUUGUACCACCUCAAUUAACAGAUGACAUUGGCCCAGCUCCACCAGCGAAAAGAUCCAAGAGAGUGGGGAUCUUGAUGGGGAUCUAA